AUGGGCUCAACAGACCUCCAGAAGCAGGUCGGCCAGUUAUUUGCGGUCGGCUUUCACGGCCACACUCCUAGCCCGGAGAUCAAAACACUGAUUCAUGAGUAUCACGUUGGAGGCAUCGUUGUCUUCUCACGAAAUUUCCAAGAUGCCGCCCAGCUGCAGGCUUUGACUUUGGCCUUGCAAAACGAAGCAAAGUUGGCUGGUCAUACGCGGCCUUUGCUCAUUGGAAUUGACCAAGAAAAUGGCCUGGUCACUAGGAUCUCCCCCCCAAUCGCUACUCAGGUCCCUGGACCGAUGGCCCUUGGUGCCACUGGCGACCCAGGGAUGGCUUACCAGGCAGGCAAGGUCACAGGCGAGACCCUGGAGUUCUUUGGUAUCAACAUGAAUUAUGCACCAGUUUGCGACAUCAACUCAGAGCCCUUGAAUCCAGUGAUCGGAGUCCGCAGCCCUGGUGACGAUCCAGAGUUUGUCGGCAAAUUCGCUAGUGCUGCAGCGCGGGGCCUUCGGGAGCACAAUGUCGUUCCUAGUGUGAAGCAUUUCCCCGGCCAUGGCGAUACCGCUACCGAUUCACACUAUGGGUUGCCAGUUAUCCCGAAAUCUCGCGACGAACUAGAGCGGUGUGAAUUGAUUCCAUUUCGCAGAGCAGUUGCGGAAGGCAUUGAGACUGUGAUGACUGCCCACAUAUCCCUACCAGAAAUCGAUGACAAGCUUCCAGCAACAUUGUCACCCAAUGCACUCGGAAUAUUGCGAAAGGAUAUGGCUUACGACGGAAUGAUUAUUACCGACUGUCUUGAAAUGGAUGGAAUCCGAGCUACUGUCGGCACCGAGCAAGGUUCGGUUCUUGCAAUUAAAGCCGGAAGCGAUAGCAUUAUGUUGUGCCACACUUUUGAGGUGCAGGUAGCGUCUAUCAAGAAAGUCUGUGAAGCAGUCCAGUCUGGAACAAUUGAAUCAUCCCGCUUGGAAGAUGCAUGCCGUCAUGUUGCCCAUGUGAAAGACAAGUUCUUGAACUGGGACACUGCUUUGCGCCAAAAUCAUCUUACCGGACUUGAUGCGCUCAACAACAGGACUGCCCCAUUUUCCAAAGAGGCCUAUGAAAAAUCAGUCACUCUUGUUCGCGAUGCCAGCAAAACUCUGCCUUUGAAGAGCACUGGCCAAAUUGUGCUUCUUUUCCCUGGGAGUAAAAUACCCGUCGGAGGUGCUGUGGAUGGCGAGGGAAUGGGCCGGCAAGGAUCAUAUACAGUUUCCCCAUACCUCAAUGCGCUUCGAUGUCACAACCCCUCUGUUACGGAAAUCAAGUACAAGGACACGGGGCUCUCCGAUGAAGAGUGGAAUGUUGUUAAGGCAGCUGAUGCUGUCAUUUUUGUCUCCAUAAAUGGAACAGAAGCACCAUAUCAAGACGCACUCGGUCGUGAGCUUCCACGACAAGUUCGAUCGCUGGUUGCUAUUGCCGCUUGCAGUCCAUAUGACUUCCUGGAGGUUCCUGAAGUUCAGACAUACAUUACGACUUAUGAACCAACUAUCGAGGCUUUCACUGUCGCUGCAGGUAUUAUCUUUGGCCAGAUGACACCAAGGGGAUCUCUUCCCAUCGCCCAUGGUUCUUCAAAAAGCAGUGUGCAUGUGACAACCUUCGAUGCCGGGAAAGAUCUGGAUGAAGUGGUAUCUGCAUGGAGCGAAAUCUUUCCAACCUACAGAUUACCCAUGGAUAGUUUAAAGGCCUUGAUUGUUCGGGAGAAUGCGCAUCACUUUGUUGUCCGGCUCGGCUCAGAUUUAGCGGGAUUCUGCCUUGCCUAUCUCAAUGCCUUCGGUCCGCCAUCGACUGUGCAUAUAGCAGUUCUCGGAGUAGCUCCAAAGUACCAAGGCCAAGGAAUCGGUACGGCCCUGUUAAUGGAGGCUCGUUCAUACUUCAGAAUGAAGUUUGGAAUCCAAAACAUAAAGCUUGGUAGCUCGUUCCCUCGCUUUUGGCCCGGUAUUCCUCGUGAACUUUCUGAAUCAGUACAAAGUUUCUUCACUCACCGUGGUUUCCGACUCAGCCCGCCUGGGAAUAGAUCAGUGGAUCUAUACCAGGACAUUCGAAACUUCCAGUCCCCCGAGAAGUAUGUUCAGCGUGCACAGGAUCGAGGCUUCCGCUUCGCCCCUCUACAAUCCGAAGACUAUGAGGCGUGUUUAGUUGGACAGAAGAAGAACUUUUCCGACAAAGCUGGGUGGGUUGAAGCAUACGUAUGGUUACAUCCAAGCAAAUUUCCAUCUUGCGUGAUGACUGCCUUCGAUUCUGAGGACCGGCAAGUUGGGUGGACAUUGAUGUUACCUCCAUGUCCUGAGAUGAAUCAAAGCUGGGCAUUUCCACAAAUUUGCGGUCCAAAUACUGGGCUGAUCGGCUGUGUCGGUGUUGAUGCCGAUCACCGGGCAUCCGGUAUUGGUCUCGCGCUUGUCUGUCAUGCUGUUGAGAAUAUGAAGCAGCGAGGGAUUGAAGGGGUCUUUGUGGACUGGGUAGCUCUCGAUGGAUGGUAUGAGCAGGUUGGCUUCAAGACUUGGAGAAGUUACCGACCCGGGGAGAUUUGA